AUGUCAUCACCAGGUAAUGAAAAGGCAAGUUCAAUCAACUCGCAACCAGAGAAGAAAAAGAUGAAGAUGAAAAGCAGUGAAAAGUCCAGUGAAACUCGACCAAACAGCACUCCUUCAAGCACCAGCAAGGAGAUGAUGGCUUACACUGAAAGCGAGCCGAGCCUCGAAGCAUUCGAGGAUGAGAUAGCAGCUGAGGCAUACCGCGAAGAGCAGGAGCUAGUUUUUCACGUCUUUUCCAAAACCACAACCAGCCCGGUCUCAAUGGAAACAAGCAGUAGUAGUAGUAGUAGCAACAGCGAUGGCAGCAACUCUAACAGCAACUCAAACGGCGGCACCAGUUUUGAUGACACUCAAUCACUGCGCGUUGAUCCCGUCACCGGCCACCAGUGUGUCUUUAAAAACUUGGCCGAUGACGAGGCUAGUCUGGCCACCAAUCUAGAGACAACCCUUUCUCUUCGUUCCAACUACAUCAAAGCGAAUCAGGGCACUUCAGCAGCCGGUCCAAUGUCUACCACCAGUGGGCCACAGUCAUCGACUUGGGCCAAGAGCAAUGCUCCCUCUUUGAAGACCACCAAGUCACUGUCCUCGAGCAAGGACGUCCUCCUCCUUUACAGUGGCCUGGCGAAUGAGGACGGUCAGAGUAGCCACGUGAACGCCGUUCUCCAGCUGCUGUACAGCUGGAAACCCAUUCCACUAUACGUGCGCUCCAACAAGGACGAUGUUCCAGCCAACGUCAGUCCCUCGCUGCACCGUUCUCUGGACACGCUUUUCCAGGUGAUGGCCGGCUCUAUUUCUAGUCGAUGUGAUCAACGUGAAGUCGGUGCUGGCAANCGCACUGUCACAGCUCGAUCAGUUGCGUUGAAUGCUUCAGUGCUGGAGAAGCUGAAGAAGCGCAGUGCCGUCGACUUUCUUGUCGCCAUACUGCAGACGCUGCACAGUGAGGUGAACAAGGCACGUCCAGCUCACUCAGCCUCAACAAACAAUAUCACUUCGGCAGAAACUGCCUGGGAGCACAAGCUGGACACUGAAGAUGACAGCUUUCUGGUGCACCUCAUCAAAGGACAGCUGCAGUCGGUGGUGAACUGUCUGAGCUGUGGUGCAAAGAACAGCCUCAGCUGGAGUUCCUUUUGGACGUUGGCUGUUCCGCUGCCGCCGCCAGAGGCUCUGAAGAAGGAGCUCACUCUGUCAGACUGUCUUGGCCAGUACCUGGCGGUUCAG